CGACGGUCGGAGGGUUGGUUAGGUCUUCGGUGCCUUCCAGCAAUAAUGCGACGAAGGGUUGUAUAGAAUAUAGAUUAACUAACUCUCUAUCCCCUGCCAGGAGAGCUGAAGAAAAUGCAGAGGAUUUCUUCAAAGAGACACCUCUUUGUAUCCAUUUCAAAACUUCCCUUAAUCCCAUUCAACAAAUCAACCAAUGCUCAGCGUCUCUGCACCACCUACCUAUCAAAGCUCAAUCAGCCAAUUCAAACGCAUCAGCCCAGUUUUAGUAACGAGUCUCAGAGUAUAUCCAGUAAGCCAGUGAAGACUUUUGACCUCAUCCGCCUACGAUCUGUGCCAGAUGAGCAUGGAAUGGAUCAUAACAAGGAUGAGUUCACUGGUGAUGUCGAGAAGAUAUACAGAAUUUUGAAAAGAUUCCACUCUAGGGUUCCGAAGUUGGAACGCGCUCUGCAAGAGUCUGGCGUUAUUGUACGGGCAGGAUUGACAGAACGUGUGCUGAACCGAUGUGGCGAUGCUGGGAACUUGGGAUAUGGAUUCUUCGUUUGGGUUUCGAAGCAACCUGGAUAUACCCAUACCUAUGAUGUAUACAAAGCCAUGAUCAAGAUUCUGGGGAAAAUGAGGCAGUUUGGAGCUGUUUGGGCACUCAUUGAAGAGAUGAGAAGAGAAAACCCUCAAUUGUUAUCCCCCGAGGUGUUUGUGAUCUUGAUGAGGAGAUUUGCCUCUGCCAGAAUGGUUAAGAAAGCUGUUGAUGUUUUAGAUGAGAUGGCCAAAUAUGGGGUUGAAGCAGAUGAGUAUGUCUUUGGGUGUUUGUUAGAUGCUCUGUGCAAGAACGGAAGCGUGAAAGAUGCAUCCAAACUGUUUGAUGAAAUGAGUUUCAAGUUUAAGCCCACCAUAAAGCACUUCACAUCAUUGCUGUAUGGUUGGUGCAAAGAAGGGAAGCUUAUAGAGGCAAAAGUAGUUUUGGUGAAGAUGAGAGAAGCCGGAUUCGAACCAGACAUUGUGGUCUACAAUAAUUUGCUCACAGGGUACACUGUGGCGGGAAAGAUGUCACAUGCAUUUGACCUUCUGCAAGAAAUGAGGCGCAAAGGGUGCCAUCCAAAUGCAGCCUCCUACACAGUUGUGAUUCAAUCGCUCUGUUCUCAAAGAAAGAUGGAGGAGGCUGCAAGAGUUUUCUCUGAAAUGGAGAGCCAUGGGUCGGAGUGUGAUGUGGUAACGUACAACGCUUUGAUAAGUGGGUUUUGCAAGUCAGAUGGGAUCAACAAAGCUUACGAGCUUCUCGAUAGGAUGGCAGGUAAGGGAUGUACUCCCAACCAGACGACGUAUCUCCAUAUCAUGUUGGCUCACGAGAAGAAGGAAGAGUUGGACGAGUGUCUGGAACUCAUAAAGAAAAUGGAAAAAACACCGCUCACUCCGGACCUCCCCAUCUACAACACUGUCAUCCGUUUGGCAUUAAAGUUGGGCGAAACGGACGAAGCCGCUCGUUUAUGGAAUGAGUCGGAAGCCAAUGGGUUGAGUCCCGGGGUGGACACUUUUGUCAUUAUGAUUAACGGUCUAAUAGAGCAGAGGCGUGUGGUCGAAGCGUGCGAUUACUUUAAAGAAAUGGUGGGGAGGGGUCUUUUUUCAUUUCCACACUAUGGCACUCUAAAGGACUUGUUGAACUCUGUAUUAAGAGAAGAGAAGCUUGAGAUGGGGAAAGAUGUGUGGGGCUGCAUCGUAGGUAGCGGAUGUGAGGUUAACGUGUACGGAUGGACGAUUUGGAUUCAUGCGUUGUUUUCAAGAGGGUACGUGAAGGAAGCCUGUGCAUAUUGUUUGGAUAUGAUGGAUGGUGGUUUGAUGCCUCAACCAGACACAUUUGCGAAGCUAAUGAGGGGGUUGAGGAAGAUGUACAAUAGGCAGAUUGCUGGGGAGAUAACGGAGAAGGUCAGGAAGAUGGCUGAAGAGGCAGGGACGAGUUUCAAGAUGUAUAAACGACGGGGGGAGAGGGAUUUGAAGGAGAAAGUCAAGGAGAAGAAGGAUGGAAGAAAAAGGCGGGCAAGGCAGCGGCGAUGGGGCAGUGAACAUUCUAAGUGCUCUUAUCCUUCUAAAGAUAGCAGUUGUAACAUGCUUCAUUCUUCAUUUUAAGUAGUGUGUUUGCUUUGGCUUGUGUUUGUGAGAAUUGAUACAUUUGCAGGGUUGUAGAGAAACUGUUUAACUGUAAUAGUUGAUAAUGCUCGAAAUUCCAAAAUACAAGAGCUUUUUGAGAAUUGAUACAUUUGCAGGAUUGUAGAGAAUCUGUUUAACUGUAAUAGUUGAUAAUGCUUGAAAUUACAAGAGAUUUUUUAAAUGAAAGUCAGAGUAGGAUUUAAA